AUGAAUCUCUCUGGCUGCAGAGGUGUGAAGAUUGUUGGCGCCCUUGGCAGGCUGCCUGCGCUGCGUGAGCUCAACCUGCGAUCGACUGCCAUCACGGAUGAGGAUCUGCGCUGCCUCUCUGCAAGUCGGAGCCUCGUGAAGAUUGACCUUGGCGGCUGCAGGUGCGUGACAAAUGAAUCUCCUCUUGCGUCCAUUGCUACGCUGGAAGAGGUGAAUCUCUCUGGUUGCAGAGGUGCGACGAGCGCGGCUGCCUUUUGCACACUGCCUGUUCUGCGCUCACUUGAUUUACAAUCGACCGCUAUCUCAGAUGAGGAGCUGCGCUGCCUCUCUGCAAGUCUGCAUCUCGUGAAGAUUAAUGUGGCAGAGUGCGGGCGUCUGACGGAUAUUUCCCCACUUGCAUUAAUGGAGACUCUUGAGGAGGUGUAUCUGUGCGAGUGUGCACGUGUGAGGUCGUUUGGUGUCCUUGGCACGUUGCCUAGGCUGCGUGUGCUUGACUUGAGUCGCACUGCCAUCACAGAUGAGGAGUUGCGUUUACUCUCUGCAAGUCGGAGCCUCGUGAAGAUUGACCUUCAAGACUGCGAACACCUUACAGAUGUGUCUCCUCUUGCAUCUGUGAGUACUCUUGUGGUGAUGAAUCUCUCUGGCUGCAGAGGUGUGAAGAUUGUUGGCGCCCUUGGCAGGCUGCCUGCGCUGCGUGAGCUUGACUUGAACGGAACUAGCGUCACCAACUGGGAGUUGGAGGAUCUGAGUGCGAGUCGAAGUCUUGUGAAGAUUGCUCUCUCAUAUUGCAUGUACAUCACAGAUGUCUCUCCACUUUCAUCCGUCCAGACGCUGGAAGAGGUGGAUCUUAGUAGAUGUAGGUAUAUGAUGACUGUUUCUGUGCUUAGCAGGCUUUCUAGGCUGCGUGUGCUUCGGCUGGACGCCGAUUCCUUCAACGGCCAAUUGAAAUCAUUUAGACGGUCUGUAAGAAUACACAAAUGA